AUGAAUGUAAUGCGUAAAUUACGUGGCACGGGUAGUGCACCAGCUGGCAACGGUAGUGCUGGCUCUAACAGCACCUCUGGUGGCCAUAAUGCCAAUGGUGGCUCAUCACUACCCACCGGUGGCAGUGAGGAUGCCAUGAUGGAUGCUCGUGUACAGAUAAGUUUGCAUACAUUGAAAAAACUAUUCAAUGAAUAUACCCAUCCCAAAGAACCACUCAGCGAACAAGAAAGAGACAUGAAACUAUAUCAAAUGUUGCCAUUAUUUUGCAAGGUUUUUAGUGCUUGUCCCGCUUCGGAUAUGAGUGAGAAAUUUUGGGAUGUUGUUGCUUUCUGCCAACAAGUCUCACGUCUCAUGGUUAGCGAAAUACGUAAACGUGCCUCUAAUCAAAGCACAGAAGCAGCUUCGAUAGCAAUUGUUAAGUUCUUGGAAAUUGAAACAACCGAAGAGACAAGUAGCGGUUGGAUGCUAUUGUCAACAUUAAAUUUAUUAGCAAAUGGUGAUGUGUCUUUAAUACAGGUUAUGACAGCUGCUGCCGUGCCCUCGACAUUGGUUAAAUGUCUAUAUCUCUUCUUUGAUCUACCCGCGGUAGAGGAUGAUUCACCCUCCGAAACACCCAGUGAUUUCAAUGCAUUCGAAAGACGUACUUUACUGCAAAAAGUUUUUGUGCAAUUGCUGGUGAAAUUAUGUUCGUAUCCUUAUCCAGCCGAGGAACUGGCAAGAAUGGAUGAUUUAACUUUACUCUUCUCGGCCAUAACAUCACCAUGCCCCACACACAAUAUAGUGUGGCGUAAAAAUGCUGCUGAAAUAUUAACCACAAUAUCGCGACAUGGUCUAACCGAUGCCGUAGUCAGUUAUAUACAUUCCAAAGGCUGUAUGGCUUUAUGUGUGGAUAAUAUGCGUCGCCUUACAUUUGGCAAUCCUUUGGAAAUAGUGGAAAUGUUUGUAACGGUCUUUUGUUUUCUGAAAGAUUCUAGUCAAGUAUCGCAAAUAUUAUUGGAUGAUUUUAAGGCAUCACAGGGUUAUAUAUUCUUAAGCGAUUUUUUGCUCAAAUUCGAUACAUCACGCACCCAAUCCAUAGAAGUGCAGGCCGCCAUACGCAAUCUGGUCUUAAUGAUUUCCUCACUUUGCAUGUGCGGUUUUAAUGAGUUGCGUCCGCCACAAGCUCAAAUCAAUGCUCUCUUUAAAAUGCAAAAUUUCCAAAUGCCCCAGGCUUCAUCGCGUGAAACCUGUGUACGCAAUAUUUAUGCCUUUCAGGUGUUACAAACUGUUUUCCUAAAGGCCACCUCUACAUCUUUGUGUUGCACUAUUUUGGAUGCCAUAUCACGGGUCUAUCAUUCGGAAAAUGCCAACUAUUUCAUUUUGGAAUCUGAAAAUACUCUUAGUCAAUUUACCGAACGCAUCCAUUUGAAGGGUUCCCAAAUCCAAGAGAAAUUCUUUGAUCUUUUGGAAUUUAUUGUUUUCCAAUUGAAUUUUGUACCCUGUAAGGAGUUGAUAUCGUUGUCCUUGCUGCUGAAAAAUAAUCAUUCGACUAGUUGUAGUAUAUUGUGUUUGAAAACUCUGUUAAAUAUUCUAAGACAUAAUAAUGUAUUUAAGGAUGUCUAUCGGGAGGUGGGCAUUCUGGAAGUGUUUGUUACGUGUCUUAAUCGUUAUAGUGAACAUGUUAGGAAAAUAACCAAAGAUGAGGAAAAUGCUGUGGUAGCGGAAACGGAACAGGAACAGGAUUUAACCGAUGUUAUGGGUAAACAUGUCCUGGAGGCUUUGACCAUUUUGCUAAGUGGCAACAACAACAAUGCCAAUGUUUUUAGAGAAUGUGGUGGCGCUAAGUGCAUACACGAUUUGGUGAAAUUUAAACAUUGUCGUCCCCAAGCUUUGGGUAUAAUACGCGAGUUGAUCUUAUCCGCCGGAGGAGAUGAUGAUAUGCUUUUCAUUCUAUCUGUUAUGCAUGCUGUGCCUCCUUAUCAGGUGGAAUUUAAAAUACAAAUACUCAAUAUGCUUUUGGGUUGCCUUAAAGAUUCUCAUCGUACUCGUACUGUGUUUCGUAAAGUGGGUGGUUUUGUCUAUUUGACCAGUGUUUUUGUGUCUUUAGAUGGUAAACUGUGUGAUGAGCCUUUGGCCUCAGAAGAUGUGGAGGAAGAUCAGCAAAUACCUCAAGACGAUUUGAUAUUAUUGCUGCAAAUGGUUUGUCAAACCUUGGCUACGGCUAUGCGUUUUGAACCCGCCAAUGCCAAGUUCUUUCAUCAGGAAAUCUGCACCGCUUCUUUGUGUGACACUUUGAGAUUAUUGGGUUGCUUUGGUAAUCACACCGAGCUUCCCGAAUUCAAGGGUUUCUUUAAAUCCGAUGUGGUGUCGCAAAAAUAUUAUCAUGAUGUGUUUUCUGGUGAUAUUUUAAAUUACAGCUUUAACAACUCCAUACCCCGUUCUUUGUCCUAUGUUUGUGUGGUCUAUCGUCUUCUGUAUAGCAUAGCUUUGGACAACUUUGAAUCUCCCAAUUUGAAUAAUAUAAUAACACUCUUCAAUGAUCAACAUAAUCGUUCACCCAGCAAAGAAUUGGCCAUAACACCAGCUCAUCCCAAUCAAUUGAAUCUAACACAGCCAUCGCCAGAACCUAGAAUUGUACAUCCUGGUGUAGUGUUAUGCAUGCUGCAGCUUUUGCCUAGUGUUACUCAUCCAGAAGAGCAUACCUUGGCUGUAAAUCUACAAGUUUAUCUAAGUGAAAUUAUCAAAUCUCUAGUACGCAGUGAACGUAAUCAACAGAUAAUGUGUGAUUAUGGUUUGGCCGGCCAGCUGUUGAAUAUUUCACGAAAAGCUUUAUCCGAGGAAAUCAAUCCUUUACAUGUGCCCAUGCAAUACAUAUUGGAAAGAUUGGCUGCUCAGGCUUUACAGCCUACCGAACUAAGAGAAUUUCUACGUUUGGGAGAGCCCUUAUCGUGUGCUGAUAUAGAUUUAAAUAAACCCUAUAAAAUGGGUGGUCCUGUUCCUUUAACACGCAUUAAAACUCUAGUAUCCAUGACUACACCAAGAGAUUUUCGUGCUCAUGGUUCUAGUACUCUACCGCCCUUUGUGGAAAUGGAUAUGUCUGCCGAAGGCUUUGGUUGUCUGUAUUUACCUUCAUUGGCUCCUCAAGCUACGGCCACAGCUGGUGGCACCAUUGAUUCCAAUACUAUAGGUGGCAUAGGUUCGGGUGAUCGUAUCUUUCCACCACAAACUGGUUUAUCGUUUUCCACUUGGUUUUGUGUGGAGAAAUUCUCUGAUCCCAAAACCGAUCCACAUUGUGUACGUUUGCUGACAUUGGUGAGAACCAUACAUAAUCCGAGAGAGGAGAAUUUGGUGUGUCUUUCGAUAUUGCUGUCGGCUCGUGAUAAGGCUAUUGUGGUCUCUACACAGGAAACUUUGGUCACUCCAAGUAAGAGCCUCGGCGAUUGGGAACCUGAAGGUUCGGACGACAACAGUGCACGCAUUUGGUGUCCCGAUCUGCUGCACGAAGGACAAUGGCAUCAUUUGGUGGUAGUACUCAAUCGUGCUGUACUCAAAAACUCCAGUCUUCAGCUCUAUCUAGACGGAGCACCCUUGCAUUCCCAAAAAUUACAUUAUAUCUCACAAAAUCCCGGAGCUGGUUCCGCUAACUUACCCGUAGCAACUUCGGUAUUUGGUUAUGUCGGUACUCCACCCAUUUGGAGACGUUAUUCUAGAUUGUGCUGGAAACAGGGUGUUUGUCAUCUACUCGAAGAUGUAGUUAAUCAACAGACCGUACAGACCAUCUAUAAUUUGGGACCACACUAUAUGGGCUCAUUGCAGGCACCUCAAUUGGGUAAAAAGGUAGAGCCUUUGGGUCCGUUAGUGGCCGAAGAGAAGGUGUUAUUGGGCUUAAAUGCUAAGGCGGUGUCGCAGUUGACGCUGGUGAAGAUAAGAAAAGUGUAUAGCAGAGCGGAUAAUAAGUCUAUAGCCAAGCAGUUGGGCAUGAAUUCCCAUGAGAAUGCCACGCCUAUAAAAAUCCUGCACAAUUCGGCAGGACAUUUAGCGGGAGCUGGUCGCACUUUGGGUGGUGUAGUGGUGGGUUAUUUGGGUGUAAGAGUUUUUAGUCCUCAUCCCGUCUCAGCCAUGAUUGAUACCGUGGGAGGCUGCAAUGUUUUAUUGGGCAUUAUAGCCAUGGCUCAAGAUGUGGAGUCUUUGUAUGCUGGUGUUAAGGCUUUAACCUGUGUAGUGCGCAGUAAUCGUGCGGCCCAAAGUGAAAUGGAUCGUAAACGUUGCUAUCAAACUUUGGGCAUGUUUUUCAAAAAGAAAAAGAACUUACUCAACUCUCAUAUUUUACAUCUCACUUUCGGUUUAGUGGGUACUGUCAAUUCCGGCCAGGAUAUGACCGCCAUACCUAAUGUAACAGCUUUCCAGGAUCUCUUAUGUGAUUUGGAUAUAUGGCAUAAUGCUCCAAAUGGUUUAUUGAGAUCAUUACUGGAACAUUUACUGGAGCUGGCGGUGGAAUCGAAUGAAAAGAAACAAAAUGUUAAAAUAAUGCGAGAACUGCAAUUACUUAAUAAAUUACUGUACAUAAUAGUGGAUAUACAAGAUCACUCCACACGAGAGAUACUCUUCAAUCUGGUAGAAGCUUUAUUAGGUGGUCAACCACGCCACACAGACCUAUUGCUUUUCGGCCAAUACUGCGCUUCCAAAUUACCCAAGGCAGAGCAGAUCGAAAAGUCUCUGAUCUUACCCUCAAUGAAACCCACCCCGAAUCCUUCCAAUUCAGCUGCUACUGCCGAAUACGAUACGACUGCUCAAAAUAUUUAUCUACGUAAUCGUUGUCUUUCUCUAUUACACGGCCUCCUAUUUACCUCACGCAACACCGUCAAUUAUAUUAUAUGCGAUGAUAUUUCUAAGACUUUAGGCAUGGAUUGGCUAUUGCUAUUUAUGCAACCGCAUGUACACUUUACCACUGUCAUCAUAGCCGUACGUAUUUUGGUGGUGGUAUGUGCCAAUGAAAGUUUUCUGGUACGUUUUCGUGAUAGCACCCAUAAUGGUGGUUAUUUGAGAUUUACCGAAAUGGUUUCGCAAAAGAAAACCAUGGGCAUAGGGGCUCAACAGUUAAGCAAUCGUCCGUCUUCGGGGUCGGGUACAGUGAUUGUCUCCUCUUCAAAUGUUUUACAACAUUUGCCCACACACAUAGCAGGUGAGGUGAGAACGGCGGCUUUAAAUAUACCAGGCUUCCAAAUGUUGGAAUGGCUUUUGCAAUAUCAUUUGGAUGUUCCGGAACUUUAUUUCCUGAUAACCGCCUUAAUAAUGGGCCAACCGGUUAAACUCUUGGCUACCGAGCACACCAAAUUUGAUUUAGAUCGUGUUUGGUCUUUCCUAUGGGGCGCUCCCGUCUCAGCCAAUACAAAUAUACCCAAAAUGAAUAUAUGUCCCGAGGCUGUUUGCGUUCUUUUGGGCAUGGUUAGAGCUAUAGUACAUGGUGGUGAAUUGGCUCCUUGGCUUACCAAUCAUCCCGAGACUAUAAUACAACUUUUAUUCAGUCUCUAUCAAAAUCUUACCGACUUUAUGCCCGUUAUGAUGACCGGCGAUGUUAUAUCCUCUUUGGUAGCGGUGCUUUUUCCCAACAACAGUAAAGAAGAUACUAUAGAAUCGGAACCCAAUAGUGGCAAUUCUUCGCCGGUAGAGGAAUCCAACUGUUUCCUUUUAAAUUCGAGCGUCAGCAGUCAACAAUCUAUAACUAAACUAACCAAUCAUCCUGUGCGUAAAUGUAUUAUAGAUUUCUUACGGGUUAUUGUUGUAGAUUCCUUAAGUCUAAAUAUGCAUGGUAAAACUACGCCGGUUAUUGAUCUCGUAUUAGAUGCUUCUCCCGAUAAUUCGGAAAUACCUUUACAAAUUGAAUAUCAAACUGAAAUAAUAACCGCUCUUAUGGAUCAUUUAUUGGCCGCUGAUAUUUUGCUGGGAGAACAGGCUGCUCUCUCUUUGGUGCCGCUAACUCAGAGUCAUACUCAACAUAUAGCUCCCAAUGUUUUCUAUUUUACCGCACGUGUGGUAGACAAAAUGUGGCAGGGUUGUUUGACUCGUAAUCCUCAUGAGAUUUUUGAUUUUAUUAUCAAAUUAAUAGCACAAGCCAAGCGCAGAUCCUCUUCUUUGUCAUUAGAACAAUUACAUCACUCCCUAAACCGCACUAUUUUAUACUUAUUGUCAAGACCCACGGAGGCCAUAACAGAGCAAAUGAGCGUUUUGGAGGCUUUACAUAAAAUCAUCACCCAUAGAUUGUUAAUAUUUGGAGCCGGUAACCAUGAGUUGGAAUUUAUAGGCUGUUUGACAUACUGUUUGCUGCAAUUGACUUCGGAUAUGAAAAUUAUACUGGAGCCUUCGACGACUCGCAAUACCACCUGGCAUGUAAAUCCGCAGGCGGAUAUAAUAGAGCCCAAGGAUGAGGAUUUAAAUCAGUUACAGGGUCGCAAUCUAAUUGUCGGCGCUGCCUUCCGUGUUUGGGAGGAGUUGUAUGUCUGUAAAAAGCCUGCCAUCGAGGAGGUUUUCAAAGUUAGCCUAUGUGCUCCUCCGGCUAAUUCAAAGGCUCCCGAUUUACAAACCACACGUGAGCAGGUUAUGGAAUUGGCUUCUAAGCUAUGGUUUAAUUAUGUGGAUGCUGAGCGUAAGGCCUCCUAUCGUAUACCCUGGGAAAUACACAAUCAAAUACAAUCUAAGAUACAAAAGGUAACCGGUGGUUUGACUCGUCUUGCCAGUCGUACAAAAGUGAAGAAAGAUGAAUUAGUUCGCACAAAAUCAAAUAUGCGGAAGGAGCAUGCUUUCGAAUGUACCGGGAUACAUGUGCAGUUGAUAAAGGAUCUUUGGGAGUUGCGUUGCAAACAAUACCUUCAAAUGUUGCAGCACACUCAACGCUAUGUACACCAGGAUUGGUUACAGUCCGAAACGGAAUUGACCCGCGAACGUGGUCUCUGGGGUCCUGAGGGUAUAUCCACUCUAGACAAAUGGAUACUCGAUACAACCGAAGGACCACAUCGUAUGCGCAAGAAAACUAUGCGUAAUGAACUUUUCUAUCUACAUUAUCCCUAUCGUCCGGAGAAUGAUCAUCGCACCGAUACGCGUCAAUUAAAGGCCAAUAAAGUUGCCUCUAGCUUUGAUAGUAAAAUCUAUUAUACACAUUGUCAGCAGCCACCACGUAUUCUCUGCGAAACUGAUGCCGCCGCUCAACAUCAGUUACUGCAUCAACAACAUUCCGUAGAUGCCAAUAUGCUGAAGCAGCCACAUCCUCAAUUACAUCAAUCGUCAAAAAGUGAACCGGGUGGUUCGGCUAAUACACCACCACCUUCGCCCCACGAAAAUCGUUUAGCACAUCAAGCACAAGAAUCGGUAGAUGGCACCAAUCAAGAUGAUGACGAAGAGGAAGAGGAAAUGACCAAUAUUGCCGAUAACGAAACAUUCCUCAGAUUGUUAGAGGAACAAGAGAAAAUCUCAUUUAUGUUUAGAUGUGCUCGCAUUCAAGGUCUCGAUACCUUUGAAGGUCUUUUGCUGUUCGGCAAAGAACAUUGUUAUAUUGUAGAUGGUUUUACUCUUCUAAAGAAUAGGGAAAUAAAGGAUAUUGAUACCCUGCCUCCGGGAGCCUAUGAACCCAUAAUACCCAACUCUGGUGGCACUACAAGACAAUGUAAAAUUCGUCAAUGUUCGAAAUUCGGUUAUGAGGAGAUACGUGAAGUCCACAAAAGACGUUAUUUGUUGCAGCCCAUUGCUUUGGAGGUAUUCUCAGAGGAUGGUCGCAAUUAUUUGUUAAGUUUUCCACGCAAAGUCCGUAACAAGGUCUAUCAACGUUUUAUGGCUCAUGCUACUGCAAUUAAUGAUAAUGCACAACAAUCGGUGGCUGGUCAAAAGAGGACAGCAAGUGUGGAACAGACGUCGGGUAUAUUUAGUAGUUUGAUAGGUGAAACGUCCGUAACACAAAGAUGGGUGCGUGGUGAAAUUUCUAACUUCCAAUAUUUAAUGCAUUUAAAUACUCUGGCUGGUCGUUCCUAUAAUGAUCUCAUGCAAUAUCCAGUUUUUCCCUGGAUUUUAGCUGAUUAUGAUUCCGAAGAAUUGGAUUUUAAUAAUCCAAAAACAUUCCGUGAUUUCUCAAAACCCAUGGGAGCACAAUCCGAAGAACGCUUAGAACAAUUUCAAAAAAGAUUUAAGGAAUGGGAUGAUCCUCAGGGUGAAACACCACCAUAUCACUAUGGCACUCAUUACAGCUCCGCCAUGAUAGUCUGCUCAUAUUUGGUGCGUCUGGAGCCAUUCAGUCAACAUUUCUUGCGUUUACAAGGUGGUCAUUUUGAUUUAGCUGAUCGCAUGUUUCAUAGCAUAAAAGAAGCCUGGCUAUCGGCUUCGAAAUUCAAUAUGGCUGAUGUUAAGGAGUUGAUACCUGAAUUUUUCUACCUCCCCGAAUUUGUUACAAAUUCAAAUAAUUUUGAUUUGGGUACCAAACAAAAUGGUGAAACUUUAAAUAAUGUAAUAUUGCCGCCCUGGGCUAAACAAGACCCUAGAGAGUUUAUAAGGGUACAUCGCAGUGCCUUGGAAUGUGAUUAUGUUAGUCAAAAUUUACAUUUGUGGAUCGAUUUAAUAUUUGGCCACAAACAACAAGGUCCUGCCGCGGUAGAAGCCAUUAAUGUUUUCCAUCAUCUUUUCUAUGAGGGCAAUGUGGAUAUUUACAAUAUCGAUGAUCCUUUAAAGAAAAAUGCCACUAUUGGUUUCAUUAACAACUUUGGCCAGAUUCCUAAACAAUUGUUUAAGAAACCCCAUCCCGCCAAGAAAAUGUCUGGCAACAGACAUUCAACUUUAAUUGAUCCUAGCGCUUUAAUACAAGGCAAUACUACUGUUUUACAAUCCGAUCGUUUGUUCUUCCAUAAUUUGGAUAAUCUCAAGCCCAGUUUACAGCCCAUUAAGGAACUGAAAGGUCCUGUGGGUCAGAUACUGCAACCGGAUAAGACUGUUUUUGCUGUGGAAAAAAAUAAGGUUAUGAUGCCGCCAUCAUACACAAAAUACAUAGCAUGGGGUUUUGCUGAUCAUUCACUGCGUGUCGGUCUUUACGAUACUGAUCGUGCCUCGUUUGUCUCGGAAGCAGCCGCCCAAAAUUCCGGAGAAAUUUUAACCUGUGCUUGCCCCAACUCCAAAAUGAUUAUAACAGCUGGCACCAGCUCUGUUAUAACGGUAUGGAAAUUUGAUGCGAAUCGUAAAAGUCUGACGGUACGCCACUCUCUGCACGGCCAUACAGAUGCGGUGACAUGUCUAGCAGCAAGUGCUGCUUAUAAUGUAAUAGUAUCGGGAUCUAGAGAUGGAACAGCCAUAGUAUGGGAUAUGGCCAGAUUUACAUUUGUAAGACAACUUAGGGGACAUGUAGGUGUAGUGGCAGCUGUGGCUAUAAAUGAAUUGACAGGAGAUAUAGCCACCUGUUCGGCCACUUGGUUGCAUGUUUGGUCAAUAAAUGGAGAUCCUCUGGCCACGGUUAAUACCUGUGUGGGUAGUGCGGAUCGAAUGCAGCAAAUAUUAUGUGUGGCCUUUUCGCAGAUACGUGAAUGGGAUCAACAAAAUGUGGUGAUAACCGGGUCAACAGAUGGUGUUGUAAGGAUGUGGUCUUUGGAAUAUGUUCAAGUACCGAUUGAACGUAAACUCAAAAGAUGCGCUGAGAUAAAAUCACAAGAAAAUCCUGAUAAUCAGUCCGAUAAAGAGGAAGAAGAAACAAAAAAUGGCGAGAGUUCGAAGAAAAUCGAUAUUAUAAAACAAAUGCAAGGCAUAUCAUCGCAUGAUGAAAAUGAAAUCCAUAAAUCUGCUUCUGAGUCUAGUAUAUCUGAAGCCUCUAAUCAUUCGAAUAACUCUACACAAUCUGAUAAACCCAAUAAAAAGGAUUGUGAGCCGCCGGUAACCUCCGAAAGACGUAAAAGUUCUUUUUCGGGAGCAAAAUCUUUGCAUGAAAUUAAAUCAUCUACAGUAGAUCAUCCCAAUUCCCUGAAAAAUAAUGAAGAAGAAGAACGUGCUACUAUACGUCCUAGUAAAUCGGAUACCAGUCUUACGGACGGUUUUGUUAUGAUUGACAGUCAUAAGGGUGAACAUUGCUUAAAGAAGGGUUUUAAAUGGCAACGUCAAUUAAUGUUUAGAUCUAAGCUGACCAUGCAUACAGCUUAUGAUCGCAAGGAUAAUGCUGAACCUGCUAGCAUAACUGCUUUAACCGUUUCAAAAGAUCAUAAAAUAUUAUAUGUGGGUGAUGCCCGCGGUCGCAUUUAUUCCUGGUGUGUUACUGAACAACCAGGACGGGGUGUGGCGGAUCAUUGGCUAAAGGAUGAGGGAGCCGAUCAAUGUGUUAAGUGUCAUGUUAAAUUCAACUUAUACGAACGCAAACAUCAUUGUCGCAAUUGUGGUCAAGUGUUUUGUAAUAAAUGCAGUCGUUUUGAAUCGGAAAUAUCACGUCUACGCAUUAUAAAACCCGUUAGAGUGUGUCAGGCCUGUUAUGGACAAUUAAGAACGAAUUCGGUAGACAAUUAAUAGAGAGAUGUGUUUUUUUUUAGAGAAUUUAACAUACAACAGCAACAAAAUACAUAUAAGUUAUUAAUUGAAAAGAGUAAAUUGUACCUUUUUAAAAAACACAUACACACAUACAUUACACACUUACAUAAAUUAAUUACGAAAACAAAAAAGAAAGAAAAAAAUUAAACCAAAUUAUUAAAAUAAAUCAAUAAUAAAUUAAGUUUAAAUAUAAAUAUUGAAAACAAAUAGAACAAAUACUUUAAAUAUAAAAAUAAAAAAACAACACUCCCCCUUAUAAAAUGCUCCCCGCCCGACCCUUGUCUGACAUAAAGUGUAUAUUAUAAAAAAAAAUUAGUAAAUAUUUCAUAUGAAUGGAUUUUUGUUGUUAAUUUUAUAUGUGAAAAAAAAAAUCGAGAAAAAAAUUUAGAUUAGUUUUUUAUGUAAUUUAUGAUAUUGUUUUUUUUAUAAUUUAUUGUAACUUGUUAUUAUUUAUAUAUAAUUUUUUUUUAAUGUUUAAUAUUUAUAAAAGAAAAAGGCUGUUUAUUAUUUAUUAUUUCUUAUUUGGACAAAUCCUAGUGUGUAAAAAAAAACUGAUUUAACUUUUGCAACACAAAACAUCUUUUUUAUAUAAAAAGACAUUUUGUUUCGAAAAAAACCCUUUUUUAGCUGUAAUUAUUUAAUUUUAUGUCUUUUUAGUUAAUUCAUUAUUUAUUACAUUGAUUGUAAAUUUUUUUAUGUUUGUUUUUUUAAUUUAUAUUUUUGUAUUUAUUAAAAGUAAAUUUUAUAUUUGUUUAAAAAGAAAACUAUUAAAUAUACGUAUAACCAUUUAAAUUAUAAAAAAAAAUAAUUAUAUUAAGAUAAAGACAAUUUAUAAGUAUAAAAGAACAAACCAAAUACUUUAAAACAAAAAAAAAAAACACACAAUAAUGUAUUCUUUUUUAAUUUUUUAAAGAAACAGAAGCCAAUAAUUUUGUUUAGUUGUGGGAAAAAUUAUAGUCCAAAUGAGUUAAAAAAUGUAAGAAAGACUAGACUAUAAACUAUAAACUAGACUAUAAACUAGACCGUAGACUCUACCGUAGACUAGAAUAUAGACUAUAGAGUAGACUGAAUCCUAGACUAGACUAUAGACAAGACU